GCUACGCCACAACAACAGAAAGAGCGAUCAUCAGCCUCGCAAACACUGUUCAUUAAGGGAGAGAGGAACGGGCUGCAGUAUGUGUCGUCCAGGAGCGAUAAAGAACCAGCAUUAACCUGGCAUGAUAUCAAAGAAAAAGCAAACGAUCUGUGGAACGAAAUAUGUGAACGUAAUCCGGAAUACAGUGAUCGUGGAUUUAUUGCCAAUAUGGGUUGGGUAGCGCGCUUCGUGCGACGCAAUAACAUUACGCUGCAGGUGACCAAUUCCGCCUCCACAAUAACGCCGAAGUUGGUGAGCAGUGGCGAUAGCAGUAUCAAAAGCAGUACCAUCAUAGACGAUGUUAUGCAGUCAGUUAUCAGUAUUUCGACAGGAACCUCAAAAGUUGCUUUAAGUCCGAGUACCAGUCAGUCAACGUCUUCCAGUCCAACUGGUGCUGAUGCUACGGCCAUUGUUGUUCUCUCAAAAGUGGAUGGUUGUCCCAAUGAAGCCGUUGCAAUGGCAACUUCGUCCGCGAAAAAACGUCGCAAAAAUUUUAUACCCAAAAAAGUUGUUGCAAAUGAUGCUGUUUGCUCAACGGCGAUUGAUGAUCCAGAAAUGCCAGCAGACCUAGCAAGCUCAGACCAGGAUUUCCUUGCGACCGCCCAUAAAGGUGCCGAUAAGACGAUGGCUGCUUCUGGGGCCGAGCUUUCUGGCAGCUUCUUGAACAAUUCGGGAGUUCUGUAA